CACAACUUCACAUCCCCCUCUUCUCUCUUUCUCUCUUCUCUGUGUGUCCAUCGUUGAAGCCAAAACGAAACAAGAAAGAAAGAAGCAUGGUUUCAACGAGACGCAACAGUGGAUCUUUCUCGAACAACAACAACAAGAGACCUUCAUCUUCUGAAGACAAGACUCCUUCUCCUUCCCCAAAGCGCCAAAAGGUCGACAAUGGCGUCACCGCCUCCGACAAACCCUCGCCGCCGCCGGGAAAUUCCAAGGAUUUGAGCCCGCCGGAGCCCCCUGCUGAUCCCGGAGAAUGCGGCCCCCCACCCGCUCAGAUCGCCGGAACCGCCGCUCCCGAUGCUAAGAACGACGCCACGCCGCCGAUCGCUGAUGGUUCUGCACCGACUCUGGUGGCUGAUAAGCCUAGGGGUUCGUUCUCUUCUUGGAGUUUAUAUCAGAAGCAAAACCCAAAUUUCGAAGCUUCAGUUCCUUGGUGCAGGCUUUUGUCUCAGUCUGCGCUGAAUCCAAAUGUUCCCAUUUGCACACCCAACUUUACUAUUGGCUCUAGUAGAAGUUGCAACUUUCCACUGAAGGAUCAGACUAUAAGUGGAAAUUUAUGCAAAAUCAAGCUUACUCAGCGUGAGGGGAGUGCUGUGGCUGUGCUUGAAAGUACGGGUAGCAAAGGAUCUGUGCUAGUGAACGGGACGCUUGUCAAGAAGAGUACCAGCUGCGUGCUUAACUCGGGUGACGAAGUGGUUUUUGGUUUGCUGGGAAAUCAUUCUUAUAUUUUUCAGCAAGUAAAUGCUGAGGUUGCUCCUGUCAAGGGUGCAGAAGUUCAGAGCGGUGUUGGCAAGUUUUUGCACAUUGAGAGGAGAGCAGGAGAUCCUUCAGCUGUGGCUGGAGCUUCUAUUUUGGCGUCUCUUUCUAGCCUCAGACAGGAUCUAACAAGAUGGAAGUCUCCAUCACCAACCGCUGGUAAACCUCACCAGGGUGUUGAUGUUCCUAGUCAAUCUGUUCUGCAUGAUAGCACAGAAACUGAGCUUGAUGGCCUGGAAGGCAACUCAGCUCCAAGUAUAGGGACUGAAAAAGCUGCUGAUGUUGGAGCAAGCGACAAGAAUUCUCCCAUGGAUUGCGACCCAGAUGAUGCAGGCACAGAGGCAGGCAAUGUAAAACUCUCUGGGGUGAAUGAUUUCCUAGGGCCUUUCUUCAGGAUUCUAGCUGGAUCUACUUUUAAAGUGAAAUUGAGCAAAGGUAUCUGUAAACAGGUAUUGGAAGAAAGAAAUGGGACGAGGGAUGGGCAAGCUGCAUCAACUUCGGGUACUUCUGUACGCUGUACAGUUUUUAAAGACGAUGUCAAUGCUGCAAUACUGGAUGGAAAAGAAAUAGAAGUGUCCUUUGACAACUUCCCGUACUACUUAAGUGAAAAUACAAAAAAUGUCUUGAUUGCAGCUUGCUUUAUACACCUGAAACAUAAAGAACAUGUGAAGUACACCACAGAUCUUACAACCAUAAACCCUCGUAUUCUACUCUCAGGACCUGCAGGGUCAGACAUAUAUCAGGAGAUGUUGGUGAAAGCACUCGCAAAAUACUUUGGAGCUAAAUUGCUAAUAUUUGAUAACCAUUCUCUUUUGGGUGGUUUAUCUUCCAAGGAAGCUGAGCUGCUCAAAGAUGGAUUUAAUGCCGAGAAAUCCUACAGCUGCCCCAAACAAAGUCCUGCAGCCACAGACACGGCUAGGAGCAUGGAUCCAUCAGCUAGUGAAUCAGAUACACCAAGCUCUUCUAAUCCACCUACUUCAUUUGGCUUUGAGUUUCAUCCUAAAUUGGAAACUGACAAUGUACCGUCUACCUCUGGGACAGCAAAAAAUUGUGUGUUCAAACUAGGUGACCGGAUAAAAUUUAGCUGGUCAUCUUCUGGUGGCAUGUAUCAGACGUCUUCUUCAAGGGGUCCAGCUAAUGGAAGUCGGGGGAAGGUUGUCUUACUUUUUGAUGAUAAUCCCUUGUCAAAAAUUGGUGUAAGAUUUGAUAAACCCAUACCUGAUGGAGUUGAUCUUGGAGGUGCCUGUGAGGUUGGUCAAGGAUUUUUUUGCAAUGUGUCUGAUCUUCGAUUAGAGAAUAGUGGCAUUGAAGAAUUCGACAAAUUACUUAUUAAUACAUUGUUUGAGGUUGUGUUUAGUGAGAGCAGAAAUGCACCUUUCAUUUUGUUCAUGAAAGAUGCAGAAAAGUCUAUAGUGGGAAAUGGAGAUCCAUAUUCAUUUAAAAGUAAGCUUGAAAAUCUUCCAGAUAAUGUGGUGGUGAUAGGUUCGCAUACUCACACCGACAAUCGGAAGGAGAAGUCACAUCCCGGGGGUUUGCUUUUUACAAAGUUUGGCAGCAAUCAGACUGCCCUUCUUGACCUGGCUUUUCCAGAUAGUUUUGGAAGAUUGCAUGACAGGGGAAAGGAGGUCCCAAAGCCGAACAAAACGUUAACAAAGCUUUUCCCAAAUAAAGUAACAAUUCACAUGCCACAGGAUGAGGCACUUCUAGCAUCUUGGAAGCAACAACUUGAUCGAGAUGUUGAAACUCUCAAGAUCAAAGGAAAUUUGCACCAUUUACGCACAGUUUUAAGCCGUUGUGGAAUUGGAUGUGAAGGACUUGAGACCUUGUGCAUAAAGGAUCAGACACUUACAAUUGAAAAUGCAGAGAAGAUAGUUGGUUGGGCUUUAAGCCACCAUCUCAUGCAGAAUUCUGAAACUGAUCCUGAUACAAAGCUUGGAUUGUCUUGUGAGAGCAUCCAAUAUGGAAUUGGGAUCUUACAUGCCAUCCAGAAUGAGUCAAAGAGCUUAAAGAAGUCUCUUAAGGAUGUUAUAACAGAAAAUGAAUUUGAAAAGAGGCUCUUGGCUGAUGUUAUUCCGCCUAAUGACAUUGGUGUUACUUUUGAUGAUAUUGGAGCUCUUGAAAAUGUCAAGGAUACAUUGAAGGAAUUGGUGAUGCUUCCUUUACAAAGACCUGAGCUAUUUUGCAAAGGGCAAUUAACCAAGCCCUGCAAGGGUAUCCUAUUAUUUGGUCCCCCUGGAACUGGUAAAACAAUGCUUGCAAAAGCAAUUGCUACUGAAGCAGGUGCAAAUUUCAUCAACAUUUCUAUGUCAAGCAUCACAUCUAAGUGGUUUGGCGAGGGUGAAAAAUAUGUGAAAGCUGUUUUUUCCCUGGCGAGUAAAAUUGCUCCUAGCGUGAUAUUUGUUGAUGAAGUUGAUAGCAUGUUGGGCCGGAGGGAAAAUCCUGGGGAGCACGAAGCCAUGCGGAAGAUGAAAAAUGAAUUCAUGGUGAACUGGGAUGGCUUACGUACAAAGGAUACUGAGAGAGUUCUUGUGCUUGCAGCCACUAAUAGGCCUUUUGAUCUUGAUGAGGCUGUCAUUCGGAGGCUGCCUCGGAGAUUAAUGGUAAAUUUGCCAGAUGCUUCAAAUAGGGCAAAGAUAUUAAAAGUUAUACUGGCAAAAGAGGACUUGUCUUCUGAUGUUGAUCUGGACGCAGUUGCAAACAUGACUGAUGGAUAUUCUGGAAGUGAUCUUAAGAAUUUGUGUGUAACUGCUGCACACCGUCCAAUUAAAGAGAUAUUAGAAAAGGAGAAAAAGGAACAUGCUACUGCUCUAGCAGAUGGUAGACCUGCUCCAGCAUUAUGUGGAAGUGCAGAUAUCCGAUCCUUAAACAUGGAAGACUUCAAAUAUGCUCACCAACAGGUAUGUGCAAGUGUUUCCUCUGAAUCUGUAAAUAUGACGGAGCUCCAACAGUGGAAUGAACUAUAUGGUGAAGGUGGUUCAAGAGUGAAAAAAGCACUCAGCUAUUUCAUGUGAGAAAACGCUUUUAUACCAAUGUUUCCCCAGUUGCUGCCUCCGUGUCCUUGCAGCCUGCAAGGCUUGCUGCCGAGCUAUUUCGUUUGUAAAAGAAAUAUAGGUUUUUUAAGUAUUUUUUCUCUCUAACCUGUGGGAUGGUGGGUUUUGAAAGGAGUGGAGCCUUACAGAAUUUUGGCCAGGCUCUGCUGCAUCUAUUUUGUUCCUCAUCCCCUGGCCGCCACCACAGAAGAUGUGUGUUGCUAGUGUCGCACUAGAAAAAGGAGUCAUAUGAUCCUGUGAAAGCAUUUAUUGUCCCUCCUAAUGGAAUUUGCUAAAACAAUAAGCAUUUAGAUCAUGACUAUUUUCUGUUUUAUGUACAUAUGAUGCAUGAUAGAGCUCCCUUUAGUUGAUUCCCAUAAGAAUGAAAAUCAAUGAAAAUUUGUUGAACUUAUGCUAUGCUACAAUUCUUUCAU